GCAAGCUACCUUAAUGGACUCUUCCCCUUAAAAAAUAGAGUUAAUAUCGUGUGAACCGAUGGUCCACAUAUCAGAUAUUAAACUGAUAAGAACAGAUACUACACUUGAUCUUAGCCAAAAGGCCGAGAAAGGUAUGAAAUUGUUGUUGGGCUCGACCUCUCUUUAUAUACUUGAAGAGAAUAUGAUCUAUGUUAUCUAGCCAACGAUGUGGGACAAAUACAAAGUAAUAAUGUCAGAACCUCAAAUCCAAGAAGUCAUGUUCUGCUUUUUCUUUCUUCUUGUCAAUUGCAAGAGAUCUUGAAUUAUUUAAUUAUCUGCACGUUAUCUAUAACAACAACUCAUUGACUUGAUCCACAAACUACUCUUGUUUUGUUGGAUGCGUUUUGACUCCAUUAAUAAAGCUCUUCUUGGCUUAUAUAUCAUUCAAGCUAACUUCCAAUUCCAAAAAGAACUUUUUCUCUCUUUGAAUUGACUCCAUUAAUGAGAGAUGAGACGACAAGGUCGGCAACAUGGUCUAGUCAGAAGUUAUCGGAUUCUUCCACCACCGCUUCACACAAGACCGGUCAACUCUUUGACUUCACCUCAAACCUCUGAGUUAUUUACCAAAUCGCCUUCAAAACCGACCAAAGCUCACCGGAAAGUGUUGCCUGGCCAGGUCCAUUGGGUGAGAUCAAACGACAUUGCUUCGUCAAGCUACAAACUGUUGACGUGGAGGGUCAAGACUAGCUCCGGAUCUGAACCUGUUUUGAAUCUCCCUGGUUUCUUGGAUCUUGACAAUUGUAAAGACAAUGUAGUACAAGGAGAUGAAGAAGCUGGAGUUGAAACGAUGAAGAUAGAGAGUAGUAGUGGAGAUAAAAGCGAGAAAGAAGAUGGUGGUGGGUCUCAUGAUUAUGAUGAAAGUAUGAGUUUUUAUGAUGUGGGGAUGAUGAUGAUGGAACAUGUGUUAGAUGACGAUGAAGAAGAUUCAGAUGGUUGGUGCUUGGUCUGAAAAGAAACAACUAAUGAUGUCUCCCUCACGUGGAUCAGCUUUUUCAUUUUUUCUUUUGUGAAUGUUUGUUAAUUUGUUUAUUUUACAUUAUCCUUUAUGUAAAGUUGAUAGCUUUAUCAUCAACAACAAUCCAAUUCAAGAUUAAGAUGAGAUCAAAUCAAGAAACUGGAGUAUGGUGCUCUUUCA